AUGCAGAUUCUAUGUGAACAGAAUAUUACCGAAAAACUAUUUACGCUCUAUAAUCAACUUCUCGCGCAACACGGAAACCGGAAGUGGUGGCCCGCAGACACACCGUUUGAAGUGGCACUCGGUGCGAUCCUAACGCAAGCGACUUCGUGGCGCAACGUCGAAAAAGCGAUGGACAAUCUCAAAAAUGCUGAUGCUUUUACCGCUGAGGAGAUAGCUUCUAUCAGUCAACCCACGUUGGAACGGCUCAUCCGACCGUCGCGCUACUUCCGUAUGAAGGCGCAAAAGGUACGUGCAUUUGUGGAACAUAUCGCAGAACGUCCGAUGCACGUUAUGUUUACGCAGGAUGUCCCCGAAUUGCGUGAAGAACUGCUCUCCAUCUACGGGGUCGGUCCUGAGACAGCGGAUACGAUUAUCCUCUAUGCUGCUGGCAAACCGAGUUUUGUUGUUGAUUCAUAUACCUAUAGACUCUUCUCACGGCUCGGAUGGGUUACAGGAAAUUACAACUAUGACAAACUCCGUGCCCUGUUUAUGGACAAUCUUCCCCACGAUGUUGAUCUUUUCAAUGAGUAUCAUGCGUUAAUCGUUGGACACGGUGCGAGAGUAUGUCAUAAGAAAACGCCGAACUGUCAAGAGUGCCGUUUGCGGGGGUCUUGUGCCUAUUACAAAGCGUCUGAGUGA